UGGCAUAACAACAAGCUGCGUAAUUUUGAAAAUGGACAAGCCCACAACUAUUAAAGAAGCGAUUAAAAAAUGGGAGGAAAAAACAGGACAGAAAGCUUCGGAAGCAACAGAAGUAAAACUUUAUGGACAGUAUCCCCCAACAGAAAAAAUGGAUGCUUCACUCUCCACUUUGACUAUGUGCGAAAAACUAUCACUUUCAACCAACUGUAUAGAAAAAAUUUCGAAUUUAAAUGGACUAAAAAACUUGAAAAUACUCUCUAUAGCAAGAAAUAACAUUAAAAAUCUAACGGGACUUGAACCAGUUGGAGACACGCUUGAGCAACUGUGGAUUUCCUACAACAAUAUUGAAAAGAUGAAGGGAAUUAACGUACUUAGAAAACUAAAAGUACUAUAUAUGUCAAACAACUUCGUGAAAGAUUGGAGUGAAUUUCAGAAACUAGCUGAUCUUCCAGUUCUUGAGGAUCUUCUCUUCGUUGGCAACCCAUUAGAGGAGAACAGUGGUGACAAAUGGAGAGAGGAAGCGUGUAAAAGGCUUCCCAAACUUAAAAAGCUGGAUGGUGUACCAGUACUGCAUGAUGAAGGAGAUGAUGAAGGAUAGAAGGAUAAAAGCGUUUCUUCUAUCGCUUUUAUUAAGAUGUGAUAAAUCAAGUGUAUUUUAGAAAGGAAGACAAAACUAAUUUUACUAACAUAAUUGAAUAUUGUAUAAUCAAUCAAUAUUUUUAAUGGAAGAGAUUUUGCUUCUUUA